GCUAGUAACAUUAACCCUAAAACUCGAUCCCUCAAACACGAAAUGUUUGUCAAAAAUUGUGAAAUCCUAGUGACUAAAAAAGUGCGAUUUCUAUCUCACCGUUAAAUGGCAUUAAACAUUAAGCGACGCUGGGCCUAAAAGUGAAAUCAUGUCGAUUGUGUGCCAAGAAAUAUUUGAUGAAACCAGUCACCCCUCAGUGGAAGAAAUCAAAGACUAUGCCCUCAAAAUUGGGAUUGAUCCUGAUUCGGAGCCCCAACUUCUUCCACUGGCCACCGAAGGGCUAAUGAAGGCCUUGCCCCCAGGAUGGAAGCCUUGUUACGACGAUAAAUCAAAAUCCUACUACUACUACAAUCAAAUAACAAAGAAGACACAGUGGGAACAUCCACUUGACGAUAUUUAUCGCAAUUUAGUGAAAAAAGUUAGGGCUGAGAGCCAGUCGCUAUCCAUAAACGAACCUACUGAAGAUGCCACGUAUGCCAAAGAGGACGAACUGAAGAGUUAUGAAGAAAUGUUGCCACCAGACUUUCCAAAGUUACAACCCCUAACAUUAGGUCCUAGAAAAAGAGAUAUCCGCUUAUCUCCUUUAAAACUAAGCCCAGCCCACAGUCCAAGACAUGAAUCCCGACUGCUCAAGCAACGCUCUGAAGACAUUCUAGUCGGAACUAAUAAAUUUCUUCACAAAUUCAGCAGCUUUGACGAAGAUAAUAAAGAGAUGGGGAUGUUUGACAAGCAUCCGCGGACUUUGGAGAAAAUGGAAUUAAAAGUCACGGGCGGAGGAGCAAUGUUUCUCAAGUCUAACACCAAAAAAAGUGAACUGCUGCCUAGUCCCGGUCAGAGAAGUGAAGGCCUCGACUUACCAAGAGGCAUUUUAAGGGAAAGAGCCAUCGAGCAUUCGAAAAGCAUGGAUUUUGAUAAGGUUUCACUCAAUGAUCGCUCAGAUAAAGACGACGAUGACAAGAAAAGUGUCCGGUUCAACCUUGAUAACAACACAACUGAUGUGGGAAUCACUUUCUCCGAUAAAAGCUCCAGUGAUGAGGAUAUUCUAAGCGACAAACAACCCAAAGAUGAAACUGCAGCGAUCAAAACUGCCCUCUCGAAAAAUCGAUUUUCUGUUUCGCCUGUUGUUGAAAAUCCCUCGCCUACUUUAAGGCUAAUUAAAGUACCUCCAGACUUUGUCAGGCCCAAAUUAACUAUAAAUACCGGCUCAGAUUCGGAUGAAGACACGAAAAGUUUAGAAAAACUGGAACUGAAGACUAUCGAAGAUAUGUUUGAUAGCGACAGUUCCAGUGUGGAUGAUAAAGUAAAGACUAAGUUGGAAAAGAGAGCGGAACAAAAAGUAACACAAGUCAAGCAGAAGAUAUGGGAGGAGAAGAACGAGGAACUAGUCAAUUUUAAGCAGAAACUCGACGAGUCUCAUCAGCAUGAAUUAGAUAGGAUUUUAGAAAAUGAAAAAUCCAAACAUGAAGAAGCCAUAAAGACUGAAUUAGAUAACUGUAAAGCUGAGCUUGAAGUGAGGACCAAAGAAGAAAGACUGAAUUUUGAUAGCAGGAUUAAGGAUAUAUCGGCGAAAAUGGAAGAGCAAUUGGAGAGCGAUCGAGAGAAAAUUUCUCAUCAAUAUGAGCUAAAGAAAGAUGAACUGGAAAAAUAUUAUGAUGAAAAACUGGCCGAAAUCGAAAAAGAACUUGCUGAUAGAGUCGAGAAACAGAAGCAGGAAAUGAGCUUCAAUCACAACGCCGAUAUAGAGCAACUUAGACAAAAUCACUCUAUCAUCAUUGAAGAAAUCAAGCGGGAAUUUACUCUUGAAGAACAAAUUAUGAAGCAAGAACAUCAAGUAGAAAUGUUGGAGCUGAAGCGCAAGCUUCAGAGUGAAGCUGAGGCUGUUAAGUCUAAGCACACAUACGACGAUCGUCAAUUUGAGAAAAUGCGAUGCGAAAAGCGGCUGCUUGAAGACAAGUAUCGCUGUUUAAAGGAAAAAUACUUGCGAUUGAAAACCGAAGUUAAACUUUCAUUAGAGAAGCGAAGCCGUCGCAAAGAACAGAAUAGUACUAAUACAACCGCCACCAACACUACCGGUUCUGAAACUGAACAGAGCCAUUCCAACAACAAAGAUCGGACUCCUUUAAAUUCCCCUUCGAGAAAACUCCUGGAGAAACCACCAACACCGGGACAGUCCGGCAAACUCGACACCAAAGUGACUAAAGUGAUUAUUCAAGAUUUGGAUACAUCAGUGAGUGAUAAUUGUUAUCAAAGUGAUGAUAAAGGAAACCCAAAUGAUUCUUCGGACAGCAUCAAUCCAGGGAGAAGCAGAAAAAAACUGUUUUCGAGGCUUAAAAGCUCUUCAACCUCACGGAUCAAUUUGAAUUCUAAAUCCAGAAAAAAUCAGCAACGAUCUUGUUCACCGGUUGAGAAUCUCAGAAAGCAACUGCAGAAACUUGAAGACUUAGAAGAUCAGUUCCCGCAGAACUCCCAAUGUGAUACCUAUCAUUUGAGUUUUUACAGAUACCCAUUUUCGGAUGGGCAGCCAUUCGAAGGAAGCUCAGAGUUGGAGUUUUUUCGCCACAGAAUUCACCUGGAGCGGGAUUCGAUUAAAAGAGCCAAAGAAAGCCUGAGGAGUCAGAAGGCGUUGUUUCAGCAGCGACAGAAAGAGCUCAAGCUCAAGCAUGGAUCGAUGGCGCGACAUACUUUGCAGCAACUAUGCCAAGAGGAAAAAGAGCUCACAGACAUGGAAGUCAAUUUGCAUCGCACCAGGAGCCUGCUAGGGGAGAAGGUAAUAAGACUGCGCCACUUAGAGCAAUCUCUUCAUCGGGCAAACGCCCAAAACGACCAAAGCAAAUUGGAUGAUGCCACCUUGAGUGAUUUGUCGUCUCACAGUGCAAGUUCCGGCAUCAGCUCAACUGAAUUUGUAGUUGCCGAAGGAGGCGGUUAUUACAAAGCGAUUUCCAAGGCGGAUUUUCAGGAACCGUCUGAAAUUAUACAGAGCCUGGAAAAUCUCAACUUGGAAAUUCGCGAAAUAUGGGGCGUGUUGCGGACGCAACACCAACAGUCAAGUAUUGCUCAAGUGAUGCCACCACUAGUGUACCCUGAUCUAGGGUGGCCUGUGCUUGCUGGGGCCGCAAGCGUACCUGCUCCCCCAUCAAUCCCCACACUUGCCGAUAGAUUGCAUAAUUAUAGACAACAGGUCGCUCUGGCGAACGCUCAGAGCACUGUAGUUACCCAUGCUUCUCAGGGGGCAACCACAACUUUAAUUGAGAGAACUCGGAAUUUAAGACACUGGUUGAGACAAACUGGAUCUGAAGCUUGCAAUGAUAAUAUCAACCCAUCAAAGACAAAUCUGUAGAAGCGCAUUUAUACUUUAGUAGCGACAAGUGCAGUCUGUUGUCUAGAAUUUAAGUCUACAAUGUAUAUCACAGGCUCGCCUGAAUUGGAUAACCGCGUUUUCCACACUUGAUUUAUUACGAACGACUUAAGGAAGUUUCGGAAUUUAUAUGAUUGGUUGCCAAUAACUAUCAAGGAAAAUGUUCUAGCGGCUUCAAAAGCAAUAUUUAAAAAUUUCCAAUCUUUAAAAAUGCCUUGCUAGCUUUUACGCGCCCUAUAUAAGUUACAACUGACCUCUCCAGACUGAUUAUGUAUUGUGAUAGAUAGAAUCUUUAAUUUCUAUUUAUUGUCUUUUAUCGAUGUAUGAUACUUCGGAUUACUAUUACCGCAUAUGUCAACUAGAAAGAAAUAGUUUCUAUUUACUGUUAAAAACCUCUCGAAACUUUAUCGUUAAUCUUAUAAAGACUAAGCUAAUUGGAAUGAAUUACACACCAUUCUCUGAAGUGAGUUGUGGGUUAUCGAGUAUGGGUUUGAACUAAAUGCGGGGAAAAUGAGGACCAAUCAACUUGGUGAUUUUUUCGAAAUUGGGGGCUGAGACGAGACAGAUUUUGCAGAUUAUGCAAAAAAAUAAAACGGAGAGGAUGGUGAUAUUAGACGAUGUAAUCAUAGACUAAGGCAUACUAAUGACCAUUUUUAACUUUAGCCCAUUUGGCCAAAAUUGCUGUUCAGUUAAGUCUUGUUAAAAAUAGAAAUUGUUCUCUUAAAGACGAAUUUCUCGAUUAUUCGUAGAUAUGGGCAGAUGCAAAAUACACUUCCUACAUCCAUUGGUCUACUUAGUACAAUCAUGUGCCAAUAACUUGCUGUGUUAAGGAAAUAUGCUAAAAUUAUCUCGGUUGUAAAAUCCCAUGUUUCGCUUUUUCAAGAUUUUUUUGUUAGCGGGAUUAUUCGUUGUUUGAUUUUAAUUUUUGACUGUGAUUUCUAUUGUUUAGUUUGGUGCACAAACAUAGUUAUUUAGCUAGUUUAGUAAGUACAUUGUUAGUAAAUUAAAUGUGAAAUAAUGGUAUGCAGGUACAAUAAGCACAUUGUGGAAAUAUUGAAAAAGAUCAAUCUGAUAAAUACCAUUUCAUUAUGCACUUAAUGUAAGCGCCGCAGGUGUCCAACAUACCAAAAGAUAUCAAUCAAAUAUGUAAAAUGGUGGUGUUUGCACUGAAUAAAGAGCUAUAACGUAAAA